CAGUUAAUGUGUACAAAACUUAUAUUAUGCGAUCGAUUUCGUAAAAACUGAUUAUCGAUUAAUAAUUUGUAACAGCUGCCGAUACUCGUCGGCUUUUGUAAGUCCCAUCACUUUGAACAUUCAAAACGAAUAUAAAAUAUUGUAGUUUUGAGUCACAGAACAGACAUCUAAAACAUUUUAAAGACAGCAGGGUGUUCAUCUGUUUUCAGAAAAGGGUACAACAUGAGCGUGGCAAAAACGUAUGGAAGCAUUAUUGUCUUAUGUGUUAUUGCAUGUAACUUGUCGAAGGCCUGGCCUAACCUUCUACGUGGUCGGCAAGCUAGGAGUGACUCAGAGAUAGGCUCAGCUACACUUAACGAUGUUUCAGCGAAGACCAAAUUACUUCUCGGUAAUUUUGAUACGAUGCUAGAAGAAGAUAGAGGUGAUCUGGCACGCAAGAGAUGGGGUGAUGUAAGAGAUGCAUAUAACAUCAGUAGAAAGAAAGCAGCACUAAUGAUCGGUGAUGUUGACAAGGUUGUGAAAACAUACAGACUUGCUGGUAUUCUUUCUUUCUUUCAACCAUACCUACAACAGCAAGAAACUUCAUGCAACCUCAAGGUAGGGAAUAGCAAUGAGAAUGAAGCCCACUUAGACACUUUUGCUGAGCAUAAGGAGGAAACUGUGCAUUUUCAAGCAGAAAGAACAGCAGCAAACUAAACCAGAUGUUGUGGAACACCUGGAAAAUUGAAGACAAAGGGUGGAUCUAAGUUCUGAAAUAGACCAGUCUAUAUUGAACGAUUUACAUAAAAAGUCAGUGGCAUCUGAAGAAAAAAAAACCCCUAUAUCUUUUUUGUUAUUUGUUUGUUUCAAUAGCACAUGCCAUCAGAAAACUUCCUGACAAUUAAAAGGAAGAAGUAGAGUUCUGAAUACAUGAACUCGUGCAUCAAGCUCAGCUUGAGAGAAUGUGCUUCAAUUAGGCAGACAACUAUUUGAUCCUUUAAAUAAAUAUUAUUUUUAUAAGUG